AUGAAAUACGAUUACAGGCCUACUGCUUGCGAAACACAAAUACCUGGUUUGGGAAGCGUGAAAGGCUUGGACUAUGAGGAACUUGGAGUGGCCCAAUACUUGGGAAUCCCCUAUGCCACCGUACCAGGCCGCUUUAGAAAAUCGGUGUUGAAGGACAAAUGGGAAACCGGAGUCCACGACGGAACCCAGCUCGGGCCAAUGAUCCCGCAGAUAAAGCGGUCGUUCUACCCGAUCCCCAUGUUCGAUCGGCCCUGGCUCAACAUCCCUGGCCAGGAUGAGUACGGUCUUAAUCUCAAUAUCAGUGCUCCUAAGAGCGAUCAGAAAAUGCCAGUAAUGGUAUUUAUUCAUGGAGGAGCCAACACCUACGGGGCUGGAAAUGCGUGUAUCUAUGACGGACUCCAGCUUGCCAAAAUUUCUGUGGACCUCAAGGAGCCUACUAUUGUCAUUUCGUUCAAUUACCGUUUGGGUGCGGUCGGGUUUUUGGCAUCCAAGGACUUACAGAAGUACAACCAGAGUUUUGGUGAAGACGGUGUGGGAAACUACGGAGUAUCGGACCAGACGAACGUGUUACGCUGGGUCAACAAGUAUAUCAAGUACUUGGGUGGAGAUGAGCUGAGAGUCACUUUGUUUGGCCAAUCUGCCGGAAGUCAGGCUACCCAUUUGGCCUUGUUGCAAAACGAUGGGUUGUUCUCGAGAGCCAUUUUGCAAAGUGGUUUGGCUCCUCUUUGUGGUAUCUUCACCGUCGAACAGUACGAUGUAGUGUACCUCAAGUUGCUCAAGAAAUUGGGGAUUGACACCAAUUUACCAUGGGAGAAGCGUGUUGCGGCUCUUUUGGCUGUUGAUCAACAAACAUUGACUCAAACAAAUGAGGACUUGUUUGAAAUCCAGUUUGUCACCAUGGCGUACACCCAAGAUGGGUCGGUGUUACCUGAGAUCCCUUCGUGGGCAGACGUUGGCAAAGAUGCUUCACUGGGGGUAGAGGCCAUUAUGAUCGGAGACUGCGUCAACGAGUGUAUUAUCUGGAACUCGGCCUACAAGCACAUGAGUGGUGCUGAGUUUGUCGCGGACUUCAAGAGAAAGUGCAGUUCUAUCGAAGUUGCCGAGAAGUUCUUGGAACUCUAUGACAUUAAGUCCACUGACUCGGUGGACGAAACUUAUGCCAAGGUCGAGUCUAUGACAUCGGACGGAAUGUACAUCUUGCCAAACUACAUUUUCUACCAAGCAAACCCCAGCUCGUUCGUGUACCAUUUUGACCAGAAGUCCCCGUACGAUAACGAAUGGGGUGGAUAUGCUCACCAUUCUUUAGACAAUGUGUACAUUUGGGGGCUUUUGAAGAAGUCUUUGCCGCAAAAACUGUGGGAGUUGUCUGAGCAAAUGUCGAAGAUUUGGUUGGACUUUGCCAACGGCAAGGCUAACUGGGAAGCAUACAAGGAGAACAGAAAGGCGUUUUUGUUUGGUGACGAAGAUAGACUUGGAAGAUUGGUCAGUGAAGAGGAGGACAGUUCUAGAGCACAUAAGUAUGGGAUUUGGAGAGAAAUCAUUGAUGCUGGGUUAGUGGAGGAGUUUGGAAGAGUUUGUGAGGAUAUCUGUUUGCUCAGAACCCAGGACCAUGGAUACAUAUGAUAGAUCAAUAGAGUUAGAUAUAGAGAAAUC